UCAAUAUUACAUGCAAGGAAUAAAUACUAUCCGCAAGAGCCGGGAAACAGACAUAACUAUUCUAUCAGGAGCCAUCACUCUGCUCCAAUUGCUCUUUGCAACCUUUUAGGUACUCUUUCAGUGCUUUGGUUCGUGGAAAAAGAAUUGAGUUUCAGCGCAUGUCUCCCACCAGACAAUCCAAACACGCCUCAACCCCACGAACUUCGCUGCGCGCCUCUCCAAUGCUCUGCUAAAUUGGGUCCCAAUGGAAAAGUACUCUCAGUUUCGCGAUCGAGCCUCUGGUAUCGCACCAUUCCUCCCGGUCGUUGGCCAGGUGCAGCCAUUGACCUUCGCCCUAAAGCUCGUUCUCUUCUGUAUUCGACUUCCUCUCUUCGCCUUCGCCUUGUUCGUAUACUUUGGGGUUUUACAAUGGCUCCCAAUUGGAUCGCUAGGAAAGAAAGCUUGUCUUUGGGCCAUCGCGGGCGUUGCUGGUUUGUGGUGGGCCGACUUGCACAUUGACGGGGUUAAGAAAGGAUCUCUCGCCCGACAACAUGCCAACCGGCUCCCCCAGCCAGGGUCGGUUAUUGCAUCCUCGUUUACCUCGCCCAUCGAUUCUCUCUAUCUCGCUGCGGUAUUUGACCCGAUAUUCACGGUUUCGUAUCCCUCUACACAGAAAUUACGACGCGUUUCGCUGUUUCAAGCCAUUCUGCAUGCAUUUUCCAUUCCACAAACGCAUCCUUCAUCUUCAGAUCUCACAGACCUCCCUUCUCUUUUGAAACAGUACCCGCACCACUGUAUUGUUGUGUAUCCGGAGUGCACCCCUACAAAUGGAAAGGGAAUCUUGGAACUCAGCCCCUCAAUCACUUCUGCGCCCGCUGGUGCUAAAGUAUUUCCCGUCAAUCUCCGAUAUACACCCGGAGAUAUCACCACCCCUAUCCCCAAAUCCUACUUUGGUUUUCUUUGGAACUUGUUGAACCACGCGACUCAUUCCAUUCGGGUCAGGAUUGGGGAACCCGUCGUUGUUGGGCAAAAUGACCCAAACAAUUUCAUUUUUGAUGAACAGCAGACAUUGCUCACCCAAGUUGGUGACGCUCUCGCAAGGCUGGGCCGCGUCAAACGGGUUGGCCUCGGUGUAAGGGAAAAGCAACAGUUUAUUAAAAUGUGGUCCAAAAACAAGAAAGGUCUGCUGAGCUGAAUGGAAGAGGAGGAAGUGCCUAUGCUUGAUCACUUCUACGUACAACCUGCUCAAUCCGCUCCGUCCUUGGAAGGCAACUGGCGCCUACUCCCUGGCCAAAAUUCUACCGUUUUGCAAAAAAGAAUAUGCGUUCCAUGAUGCUUGUAAUUGUUGAUAUCACUUCGGAAAUGAUUACACAAUAUUAUACUCACAUAUGAUCUUAAA